UGGCGCCAACCUAUUGGCCUGCCAUAAGCAAACCGACCCCUGCUGUUUGUAACGGUUUCUUGCAUUGGGUCGCGUUCGUGCAGGGAUACAAACCAAAAGAAGGGUCAUGAAACGAUGAAUCUGCUGGUGAAGGAUGAGCAGUUAGCCCUUUGCAAUUUGAAUUCCCAUCUGGGAUUGAUUGAUAUAUGGAUUUUGGAGGACUAUGCAUACUGUUGCUGGGGUCUAAAAUGGAGGCUUGAUGUAUGCCUGGCGGAGAAGCCAAUAUUUGUGUUGGAAAAAUGUGCAGCAUAUGUGACGCUGGUGCAGAUUCAUAACGGAGAACUGUGGUUGGAUUGUGAUGAGAGGGGAUUGUUUGUGUAUGAUAUCGAAAGGAAUAUGGUCAGAAGACUUGGAGGACCGCCUUGGAGUCCAAUUUCGGCACUGAACCUAUCAUCCUACAAUGCACAUAAAUGCAUUCCCUAUGCUAAGAGCCAUUUGCGUCUUCCUAAAUCCAUGUUUUCGCUGCAACGUUCUCUGCGAUUACCUCCUUUCUGA